GAAUCUCAUGUAUUAAGAUUGAAAAACUCGAACAAAGUAGCUCAUAGUUACAAAGAUACUAGUGCCAUGCAUGUCAUUUUGAAAAUGAAAUUCUUCUUAUAAAAACUUGUUUGAUCUCAUUCUCUAUGUGGUGAUAGUACUUCUUUAGUUGACUGCUGACCUUAGAUAAAUAAAAUGGAGGGGUAUACUUAGGAACGGAUUUAUGUGUGAGCUGCCUUGAGCUGUCCAUAAUGAAAUUUAAAUUUUGAAGGUAAUUUUCAGCUCAACUUCAAUCCAGCCCUACCCAAUUUUUUUCAGCCCACCCCAACCUAAAUUUCUAGAUCCCGGUAUACCCCACUCUCAAUGAAUGCUAGGAAAAUCAUAUUUCUUAUAUUUGGAAGAAUAUCAUUGGAGGGCAAUCCUGUUUAGACACGCCGCCGUUCAUAAGGUUUCUCAUUUCCAAAAAGUUGAAAUGUAUAGGAGAAUAGUCAACCGCAUAAAUUAGAAAGCCAUAGCCAUUCAAUAAUGACGACUAUGGAGGCCUUCCCAUAAUCCUCUGGAAAUUGUGUGAACAGAUACAUUUUUAACAUAAUUGCAAAUCACUGGGAUGGGACGUCAAAGAUCAACCGAAAGUGCCCGGUCUUAAUAGCUGCUGAGGCAUAGAUGGCACAAAGAAGCUGUUGCAUCCCAUGCUGAAUCUUCUUGGCGUUUAAGUCUGUUCAGGUUAUAAUGUUGUCAAACAGUUUUGACUCAAAAGGAGGAGAUUCUACGGAAGAAAAUGACUUGUGUUGUGCUACUCUCACUCUGAGGUACAUUAAUCAAGUAUUAAUGAAAGAUGACUUAGAUGAUGAGGCCUGCAUGAUCCAGGAGUCCACUCUCCAUGCAGCUGAGAAAUCCUUGUAUGAAAUGCUCAACAAAUAUCCUUCCUCAUCGAAUCAACAUUUCCCCUACAAGGAUACAAGCAGCAUGUCAGAUGAUUAUAUUUCUCACAGUUCCAGCAAAUCAGUUGAAUCUGGCAUAGUACCUCAAUCUUUUCAGGUGCAAGUUGCCUCUAGUGAUAACACCUCCCUGUCCAAUUCUGGCCUGCUAGAUCCUCAGGAGAUGCUAUCAUUCUGGCCUGCUAGAUCCUCGGGUGAUACUAAUAUUGAUGGGCUGGAGGAGUCUCUUGUGAAUGUUCCUUUGGAUAAUCAAUCUCGUUUUCCAUUUAAUGUAGGGACAGAGGAAAGAAAGAUUAACCUCACAACUGCAGAUUGUGGAAUUUUGGAGGAACCGAAGGCAGAAAAGGAUGAAAGGGGAUUACCAGAUAGUUUCCUGAAGGGAAGGAAAAAUCUUGACUGGGAGGUGAGUGAUUUAGGUGGAGGUGGAACUAAAAAGAAAUCUGCAGUUUAUGCUGACGAGUCCAUUUUCCAUGACUUGUUCAAUAAGGCAUUGUCAUUAUAUGAUGAUGGAAAAAAUGAGUCUUCAUCAAAAAUUACGAAUGGUUCCUCGCCAAAAUAUGUAAGUAGGGAGCCUGAUCGGCAAAAUGGGAGAGCAAGAAAGUAUUGUAUCAGAAAGGGGACAAACAAAAGGGAAGCUGUUCGUAUUAGGAGUCUCUUGAUGCAAUGUAUGCAAUUUGUGGCAGCCAAUGAUCAGAAGAGUGCAUGUGAGCUAUUGAAACAGAUAAGGGCAUCUUCUACUCCUUGGGGUAAGGGAUACCAAAGGUUGGCACAUUACUUCGCUAACAGCCUCGAGGCACGUCUUAUGGGUGGCGGGGCAGUGGAAUAUAAAACACUUGCUGCUUGGAAUAUGACGGAUACUGAAAUGUUGAAAGCUUAUAAGAUGUGCCUUGCAGAAUUACCAACCAUGAAGGUCUCCUUUUAUUUUGCUAGCGAGAUGAUUAUGCAAGUGAUUGGUAAAGCAACCAGAGUUCACAUUAUUGAUUUUGGUACUUCAAUGGGUCUGCAAUGGUCCAUCCUCAUUCAGCGUCUAUCAACAAGAACUGGUGGACCUCCGAAUCUCCGAAUCACAGGAAUAGACCUUCCCCAAGCUGGUUUCCGGCCAGAUGCCAGGGCCAGGCAAACUGGACUCUGCUUAGCGAACUACUGUGAAAGGAUUGGUUUUCCAUUUCAAUACAAGGGCAUUGCUCAAAAAUGGGAAACUUUAACUGUUGAGGAUCUUGGAAUUGAGAAAGAUGAGGUGCUCGUUGUGAACUGCCUCUACUUUUUAGCAUAUUUGAUCGAUGAUACAACUAUGGAGCAUAGUCCACGGGAUGCUGUCCUUAACUUAAUAAAAAGGAUAAAUCCAGAUAUUUUCGUUUAUGGAAUAUCUAAUGCGGCCAUGAACUCUCCCUUUUUCAUCUCAAGAUUUCGUGAGGCUCUCUUCUACUACUCUACAUUGUUUAAUAUGUUCGAGAGUUGUUUGCCCUGUGAAAGUCAAGAGAGGAUGGUGUUUGAGAGGGAAAUAUGGGGGAUGAAAAUUUUGAACACUAUAGCAUGCGAAGGAUUAGAGAGGGUUGAAAGGCUAGAGACAUACAGAGAUUGGCAUUUUCGAACAUUGAGGGCUGGGUUCAAGCAGCUUCCUUUAAACCAAGAGAUGAUGAAGAAAGUCAGAGCUAUGGUCAAAUCAAACUAUCACAAGGACUUCUCUAUGGAUGAGGAUAAACAGUGGAUGUUAGAAAGAUGGAAGGGGAAAGUUUUAUCUGCGUACUCCUGUUGGAAACCUGCCUAGUAGGAUGGCUCUUCAAUUUGCAUAGAAGUGAGCUUUUAUGGUGGAAAGUGAAUCAAUUGGGAGUUGAUUCCAAUCUCCUUCAACAUUUGUCCAGGCAUGUCUCAGGCAAGAUCUAGUUGGUCAAAUUACUUCAAAUCAUCACUGCGAGUCGAUAGAUUGUAUUAUGGUGGUUUAUGCAUGUAUUAUGUAUUUUCAUUUCAUUAUGAUCCCUACACCUAAACUCCCUUGGUACAGUUGCAGUGGUCUUGGUAUCGCAUGAUUGAUAGCUAUGUCAGUCCAGGUGACACACUUCUGGAUACACUGCUACUGAGGAUCUGGCUUAGACUAUACGGUGACUAUUAAACUGGUGAUGUGUACAUGACUCAUUGACCUCCAAUCAAACACGCGAUGGGGAUCCAGGGUUAGCUGAAUUAUGAAUUUCGUUACCCAUUUGGAUUAUGUUAAGAUAUCUUAUUCAGAGAUAUGUUAUGAAAUUGUUUAGUGA